CGGACGUGAAAGUUUCAUCAGUUUCCCGCUGUGGGGGUAAAAGUUGACGCAGUCAUGUCGAUCGCGGUCCGAAUUAAACAAUUUCAAGUGCCCAGGUGUAAGGGUGAAAAAAUUGCCAAAAUUGAGUUCAGAGGAGUGUCUCAUCUGACAAAAAAUCUAGAAGAUAAUGGAACCGAGCUGAUAGCUGUGGAUCAGGACUUUGAAUGGCCCAUUGCCCGACCGGCCGAAGAAGACGAGAUCAUUAUAAUCGAGCUUUACUCAAGAAACCGACUGUUCGCCGACAAACUGUUGGGAACUUACCGCAUGAUGUUACAAAAGGUCGUGCAAGAAGGGAAACUUAGCGUUUGUGACUACUUAGUUGAUGGAAAUAAUAAGACUUUGGAGUCCACAGUAGAAUUCCGCAUCAUAUACUCACUUCCGGACGAAUCAUUGGCAUCUUUUACCGGAAGUUCGAUGUUGGACCGCAUGCUGGACGACGAUCAACAAAUGCUCAUCGAUAUCGAGCAAAACAUCGCAAAUAUCGAGAGGAAAAUGUUAUCCGAACAGUCGGUCGAAUCGGCUACUGAAAAAAGGAAGUUUUUUAAACGGGGAAACACCAUCAGCACCCCCCCGGAAAAAUCUUUAAUUGAGAGAAAACGGUCGACCCUUAAAAGUGUUCGGAGCUUGAUAAGGCUGGGAAAACAACGACCGCCGAAAACCAGUGACACUGAAGACGAAACGGAGCAACUUUUGAGGGCCACAGGGUCAGAACGAAAUUCGGAAACGGAAUCUUGUCCAAUGUCCAGGGCAGGAAGUGACAGUUCGAUUGAUUCCAACGAGGAAAACCAACUGUGCAUGUUGGAAAAGAGACGACUAUCAAAGGUAAAGGAUCUGAAGAUCAGCAACGCGACAAUUGACCUGGCUCUUAAAGCUCAAGAUUUCCGAGUUUGUAUAACGAUAAUUGAGGCACGGCAACUGGCCGGCCUCAAUAUGGAUCCCGUCGUUUGCAUUCAAAUUGGAGAUCAGAAGAAGUACACGAGCGUGAAAGAGAGCACGAAUUGCCCUUAUUACAAUGAGUAUUUCGUUUUCGAUUUCCACAUGCCACCGGUGAUGCUAUUCGAUAAAAUAAUCCACUUGUCGGUACUACAAUCCCGAAGUUUACUUCGGGCAAACAAAAUGUUGGGAAGUUUUAAACUAGACGUUGCGACUGUCUGGGCACAACCAGAUCAUCAGUUUUUCCACAAAUGGGCUUUGCUGACCGACCCUGACGACAUCGCAGGCGGCCCAAAGGGGUUUUUAAAAUGCGACAUCAGCGUCAUAGGAAAAGGAGAUGCCGUCAAAGUACCGUCCAAGACCGAGAAAGACGAGGAUGACAUAGAGGCAAAUUUAUUGCUACCAGAUGGCGUGCCGAUCGACCGACAGAGGGCGAAGUUCAUAGUGAAAAUAUACAGGGCGGACGGCUUACCAAAAAUGAACUCGUCAUUAAUGGCGAACGUCAAGAAAGCCUUUACGGGCGGCCUUAAUGAUUUAGUUGAUCCCUACGUCCAAGUUUCCUUUGCUGGAUUAACGGGUAAAACGAGUGUAAAGAAGCACAAUUAUGCCCCAGUUUGGAACGAACAGUUGGUGUUUACGGAGAUGUUCCCUCCCUUAUGCCAAAGGGUGAAAAUUCAACUUAGGGAUGAUGAUCCUGUGAAGCCGAGGGUAAUAGGGACGCAUUUUGUUGAUCUAAAAACCAUUUCCAAUGAUGGAGAAAAAGGUUUCAUGCCGACCUUUGGUCCAAGUUUCAUCCACCUUUACGGCUCAAUAAGAGACUACAGCAUCAUAGACGAGUAUUCUAAUCUUAACAGUGGCUUGGGUGAAGGAGUAUCUUAUAGGGCCAGACUGCUUAUCUCCAUCAGAACAGAAAUCACCGAAAAUAUCGAUCUUACACCAUCUACGGUUGAACUAGAGCCGACUAUACCGAUAAAUGAGGAAUCAUAUGCUAAAAAUGAAGAAUUUUUCCUUUUCGCCACCAUAUUGGAAGCUUCCAUGAUCGAUAAAAAAUUGGGUGAUAAACCGGUUUAUUUUGAAGUUAGUGUGGGAAAUGCAGGAAAUGCCAUUGACGGCCAUAACACUUCCGCAAAAGACCAUUAUGACUCUGAUAGUGAUGAAUUAGAAAGUGUAGCCCAUGAUACAGCUUCGUGGCAGAGUACCACUAGUCCCACAAAGCCGAUGACCCAUGAUAAAAUUUAUUACUUUUUGCCAUAUUGGGAUAACAAACCCUGCAUACAUAUAAGAUCGGUAUGGCCGGACUAUCGGAAGAGGAUGUAUAAUUCGAAUAUUAUCGAGAAAAUUGCCGAUAAAUUGGAAGACGGACUAGACGAAGUAUAUUCAGCAUUCGAGGUCGAAGAUCCAGAAGCAGAAGUUAAACUCAAACAAGUUCUGGAGAAUUUAAUGGUUUCCUGCUCUAAAUACGUAACGCUUUCGAAAGCUUCCUUUACAGGUCCUGGAAUAGGUAAAACGAAACUGGAUAAGGAGAGACUGAAACUUUGCCAAAAAGAAAUAGAACACAUCGGAACUGGCGCGCGCACAUUAAAAGCCCUGGUAACCAAGAACUCCAUCAAAGAGAGACACAAGAGCGCACAAGCUUUCUUAGCCAAGUUGAAAUUUCUUACUGAGGAUCCGCAACACGCUCUUCCAGAUAUAUUUGUUUGGAUCAUCUGCGGGGGAAAACGACAAGCGUACCAACGAAUACGCGCCAGAGAUUUAAUUUAUUCUAUGGUGGACGAGGAAAAGGGAAAAUAUUGCGGAAGAGUUAAUAACAUAUUUCUAAAGCUUCCAGGCAAAAAGGCGUCUGGACCAAGCGGCUGGUCAAUUCCUGCAAAGCUACGGAUUUACUUCUGGUUAGGAAUGCUCAAGCACAAGAAGCAUUUUAUGUCUGGAAUUCCCAAAGGUUACGAGCUAUCCCAGGAGAUAAAGAAUAUCGAAAGGCCUAGAGCGCUUCCUCCGUCAAUUAUUCAUUACGUUGAGAAGCAUAUUUUUCAACUUAGGGCACACAUUUAUCAAGCCAGAUCCUUAAUAGGGAGCGAUGCCUCCGGAUUAUCUGAUCCAUUUGCCCGAGUGAUCGCCGGGGAGUUUUCAAGAACCACUCAGGUGAUCGAUGAAACUUUAAGUCCCACAUGGGAUGAACUGUUGCUGUUUGAUGAAAUUUUACUUUUUGGUUCAGCAGAUGAUAUCAAAGAAGACGCACCGUCAAUCGUGAUUGAAAUCUUCGAUCAGGAUAAGGUAGGCAAGUCGGAGUUUAUUGGGAGAGCGAUCGCCAAACCUCACGUUAGACUUCGAGAGGAAGCAUACGCCAAACCGUUUUUUCCACCCUCUUUGGAGUGGUUUACCAUUACUAGGGGAUCUGAUCAUGCUGGGGAGCUUUUGGCUACUUUUGAGUUAUUGGAGAUUCCUACUGGUACUGAUGAGUCUUUACCAUUGCUGCCGCAACCAAAGGAUAUUCCUAUGUAUAAGGAUACUGAUACAAAAGAUCGAGGGCCAAUCCUACCAGUUCCCAGGGGAAUAAGGCCCACUUUAGCCAGAUAUCGUAUAGAAGUGCUCUUUUGGGGCCUGAGAGACUUAAAGCGAAUACACUUACUAAAAGUGGAUAAGCCCAGAGUGGAUAUUGAAUGUGCUGGGAACGUUCUUUGCUCCAGCAUAAUAACAGACUUCAGAAAGAACCCAAACUUUUCUACCAGAGUAAAGUUCAUGGAAGUAGAUCUGCCAGAGCAAGAACUGUAUAGGCCACCAUUGACCAUUAGGGCUGUAGAUUGUCGCAGCUUUGGAAGAUAUACACUGGUUGGAACUCAUACAAUUGGCUCAAUUCAUAAGUUCAUGUACACCCCUAAAAUUGUCCAAGAAGCUCAAGAAAAGAAGGAAUCAAUCACACAGUUCAAAAUUGCCAAUGGAAACGUCAUAUCGACGUCGUUCUUGUCCGACAUGUCUACGAGCGAGAGGGAGAAGAGUCCUUUGCUGCCAAAAGACAUGACGAAAUCUAUUGGUUAUGGCACAAAAGAAGUGUCCUCAAAAAGCAAUAGAAGCAAGCAUAAGAGCAGAAAACUCAGCACCAACGAAGAAGUUGACGAUGAAGAAGGAAGGAAAGAUUGGUGGACGAAAUAUUUCGCUUCUGUAGAGUAUAUGAUCCACGAAUCGAAGGAAGCAAAGAAAAACUACACGCAUAAUGAAAAACUGCAAAUUUACUUAACCACCGAGGAUGGUAGUCCCCAGCUCGGAUUUCCAGAGGUAAGUCCCAAUAAUGAAUACAAGAAAAAGUUCGGAUUUAGAACAGCCGCGACCGCAACUCGUCUGGCGGCCAAAAUGAGCCCCAAGAGCACAAGGAAAAUCAGCGAUUCCAAGACGACACUCUGUCAGAUUUAUCCAGCAGAGUUAGAAACUCGCCCGGAGUUUCACGAGUUUAAAGAGUGGCUCAACACCUUUGAGCUCUACAGGGGAAAAAAGACCGGAGAAGAGUCUGAAGAUGACAAUCGAAUUGUAGGUUAUUUUAAGGGUGCAGUGAAAGUGUAUAAAUGGCCCCUAACAAAGGAAUUGGAUGAUAAAUCAAAUGGAGGCUUCGACCCCCAAAAUGGCCUCUUCCAAGGGAUUCCAUCGAAUGAUCCUAUGCGAGUGCUGGUGCGAGUAUAUAUUGUUAAAGCGAAUGACCUUCAUCCCAUGGAUUUGAAUGGAAAAGCUGAUCCCUAUGUGGUCUUACAGCUGGGAGCAAAAAGGAUAAGCGAUAAGGAAAACUACAUAUCCAAACAAUUGAAUCCGGUGUUUGGAAAAUGUUUUGAAAUAGAAGCGACUUUUCCUCAAGAUUCUUUACUGACUGUCCAGGUUUUCGAUUGGGAUUUAGUAGGUUCCGAUGAUAUGAUAGGCGAAACCAAAAUUGAUCUGGAAAAUCGGUUUUACAGUAAACACCGUGCCACUUGUGGAUUACCGAAGAAGUAUGAGGAGCAGGGGUAUAACGCCUGGAGAGACGCCCUGAAACCCACCCAGAUCUUGGCGAAACUGUGCAAAGAAGCAAAAGUCGACCCACCCCUUUACAGUGGCGAGCAGGUCAAAAUUGGUAAUCAAAUAAUUACCCUGCAGCAAGAAGAAGUAGAUUUUUGUGAUUUUAAGCAAUAUGAGGAACAAUUAGCUUUAAAUGUGCUACAUAGGUGGAGUGAAUUUUCAAAGUUCGGAUGCCAUUUGGUACCAGAACACGUUGAAACUAGGUCUCUGUACAAUCCCGAAAAGCCUGGAAUUGAACAAGGUAAAUUGGAAAUGUGGGUGGACAUGUUCCCUAUGGAUAUGCCACUUCCCGGACCUCCACUGAACAUAUCAUCCAGAAAACCAAAGAGUUAUGAGCUGAGAGUGAUAAUCUGGAACACUGACGAUGUGGUGCUGGAAGACGACGCGUUUUUCACCGGAGAGAAAAUGUCUGAUAUCUACGUCAAAGGAUGGCUCAAAGGACCAGAAGACUGCCAGUGCACGGAUAUUCACUACCGUUCUUUGACCGGCGAGGGAAACUUUAACUGGAGAUUCAUUUUCCCUUUUGAGUAUUUAGUGGCCGAGCAGAAAAUUGUCAUUUCAAGAAAAGAGUCGCUUUUCUCAUGGGACGAAACUGAGAGUAAAAUACCUGCGAGACUUGAACUGCAAGUUUGGGAUGCCGAUCAUUUUUCUGCUGAUGAUUUCUUAGGUGCAAUCACUUUGGAUCUGAACAGAUUUCCCAGGGGUGCCAAAUCUUCAAAGUUGUGCACCUUGGAUAUGUUAAAACCGGACGAUUCGGUGCCAAUGGUGAACAUUUUUAAACAAAAACGUGUAAAAGGUUGGUGGCCAUUUUUCGUAAAAAAGGACAAUGAGGAAAUGGAGUUGACAGGUAAAGUCGAGGCGGAAAUUCAUUUAUUGACCAGGGAUGAGGCGGAGAAGGUGCCAGUGGGCUUAGGGAGAAACGAACCUGAUCCACUGGAAAAACCGAAUCGUCCAGAUUCUUCUUUUAUGUGGUUCAUGAACCCGAUCAAGUCAAUCCGGUAUAUCCUAUGGCACAACUAUAAAUGGACCAUUUUAAAAUUGCUUAUUAUUUUGGGCGUGGCCCUCAUUUUAUUAUUAACGAUCUACUCGAUUCCUGGUUAUACUGUUAAAAAAAUAAUUGGCGCUUAAGGACUGUUCUGGUUGUGAUAAGUAGAUAAUUAGAUCAUCGAAUAUGCAUGAAAAAAGCAAUUUAUUAAUUAAGUUAGCUCAACUAUAUCAAAAUAUUGUAAUUUAAUUGAUUAAUUUUCGUAAGAACCCUCGUACCUAUAAAAAUAUUCGGUACCUGAAAAAAAUAUCAAAAAUAAAUCUCUACAAUGAUC